AACAAAGCCAUUCUUCUUCUUCUUCUUCGUGUAAUGCCACCACCAUCAUCUACUGCUGCUGCUAGUCAACAACACUCAGCUUGGGAUAGUGGUAAAGAGGCAUUGCUUGCUGCUAGUAAUGCGGCACAAGAGGGCUUUAUUGAAAUACAACAUUAUAUUGAACAUGGACCUGAUGGUUUAACUGUAGCUUCUUUUAUUGGUGGUGUAUUCCUAUCUAUAGUAUCACUAUUAUCCAUUAUUAAUGUAUUAUCAAUACCAUUCCAUCCUUUAUCAUAUCUCCUUAAUUUCUUUAUCCUAUUUAUGGGUAUUGUUACAAUAAUUAUUGAAGCAUCACCUGAUAUGCUUAAGGGAGGACGAGGAGAGAGAUAUCAAACAGCAAUAUUUGAUAAUGCUAAGAUAUUGACCUAUACUUGGGGUAGAGGCCUAUUCUAUAUAUUCCAAGGUUUACUGGCAAUGCUUGAACCAGGAUUAUUAUAUAUGAUUGCUGCUAUCAUACAGUUCGUAUUGGGUGUAUUCUCUAUUGCUAUAUGGAAAGGAUACAAACCUCGUUUGAGCGUGUUGCGACAGAAGGUAGCAGCUGGUACAGGAAGAGUAGUAGAGUGUAUUGAAGAAGGGAGAGGUGAUGUUGCUAACAUCAAGCCCAAUCAACGACAUAAUGUGCAAGUGGAGUAGAUUCAUAAUACACCUUUCUAUUGUAAUAUGAUGUUAUUAUUGUUGAGUGGAGUAGAUUCAUAAUACACCUUUCUAUUGUAAUAUGAUGUUAUUAUUAUUGAGUGGAGUAGAUUCAUAAUACACC